AUGCCUAAAGUCCUUGCUAAGCCAGUUUCUGCUCGGACUCGUGCACUGCGCCUACUAGCCGAGAAGCACUCCAGCACAGAACUUGUCACCCCUUGUCGCCUGUUCCUGGUUUUGAUUGUUUCUUCCAUCAUGAUAGCAGGUAUAUCCUUCAGUGUUGUUCCAGAGGAUUUCAAAGAUAGAUCCUGGAAUGAGGUGAUCAACUUGUCGCAUCAUCCUUACACAUUUAACUACGAAAUGGCUUUGAAGGAGCGGGAAUACAACUUGGAGUAUUACGAAAGACCACAACAUAACUGGAAGGUUGAUCGAAGGUCGGGAUUGUCUGUUGAUGAAUUCUUUGACACCUACGAUGCCAAAUGGCCGGUUGUACUAAUGGAUGUGGUUAAGAAAUGGCCAGCCAUGAAUUGGACAAAAGAAAUUUUCCUUCAGAAAUACGGAAAGGAACGUGUGAUGAUGAAAGCUGUAGUUGGAGGACUGCAGCAUGCGACCGGACAUGCUUUGCCCUUAGAGGUUUUCAUUGACCACCUAAACGAAGCUAGUUUUGACACCUGGACAUACCUGGAGGAUGAACUCUUUCUCGUCAUGCGACCAGAACUGAAAAAAGAUAUUGGCCAAAAUGAUUAUGGUGAGGAAAAUUUCUUCAACCUUUUUCCUGAGUCAAUACGUCCGUGGGAUUGUAUGAUGUUGUGGGGAACAGCCCACUCUCGCUCUACACUACACAUGGAUCCCUAUAACUGGACUGGCAUUAGUGCAGUUCUACAGGGACACAAAAAGUGGAAGCUGGUGCCACCCGGCCAGGACCAUCUGUUGUAUGUAGAACCUGACGUACUAUGUGGAUUCCCACUGGAGUGUCGCAAGUACAAUAGUCCAAUUGAUGCUUUCGAUGCAGAUACCAAGAAAUACCCACGCUUUAAACGUGUGCAAUAUCUUGAAGUGGAUGUUUUUCCAGGUGAAAUGCUUAUCAUACCAACAGGAUGGUAUCACCAGGCCUUUAACGUAGAACAGACAAUGGCCCUGUCUCUACAGAUGAUGAACAGAAACAACUACCUGGUCAUACUGGAGGAAAUCAUCAAGGCUGGAAAUCUCAAACGCAAGAAAUUACCAGCUUACUUUAGUACACUUCUACCACCUGACCAGGUGAAAGUAUUCAUGUCACUUCUUCCGAAAAAACUGCUUCGUCGUGGUGAAGAAGUCACAAAGAGCAUUCAGGAACAAAUGAGAAAAACUAAAGACAGGCAGGACAAAAUUAAGUCAGGACUAGAAGAUAACUCGGAAAAUAUAACGAUAUUGGUGUGA